AAUAUUUGUUUCCGGUUUCGGUUUUAUUGUAAACUUUGCAAAGGACAAAAUGGCGAGCGAUGGCGUGGAUAUUGAUUUGUACGACAAUUUGGAAGAAGGAUUUGAUCAGGAGAAUGAAUUUAAUGCAGAGGAUGAUCUUUAUAAUGAUGUCAUAACAGCUCCCUCUAGUGGUGAAAACACAGAAACUGUGCAACAGUCAGAACCAGUAACACCCACAAAGACCACACCGUCAGUGACUGUACCCUCUGGUUACACAGGAAGAAGGAUCAGUCUCUAUGUUGGAAACCUCACAUGGUGGACAACUGAUCAAGAUCUUAUUGAUGGACUGGCAGCUAUUGGGGUCACAGACUUGGUUGAGAUAAAGUUUUAUGAAAACAGAGCAAAUGGCCAGUCCAAAGGAUUUGCAGUGGUGGUAGUUGGUUCAGACAACUCAUCUCGUUUGAUAUUUGAGAAGUUACCAAAGAAAGAGAUCCAUGGGCAGGUGCCUCAGAUCUCCAACUGUAAUAGGCAGGCCUUGAGUCAGUUUGAGGCCCAGGCUCGGAAGGGAGAGCCUCCAGCACAAAAUGGAAACACAAAUAAAGGAAGUCAUCAGCGAAGUCACAGUCCCUCAAGACAGACACCUAAACAGGGAUACGUGAAUCGUCAACAGAGGCCUACUGGUCCCCAGGUAUCUGGUCCCCCGCCAACCGGCCCUCCUCCUACUGGGGCCCCCAUGAUGCCAGGUAUGCCUCCAGUGUCUGGCCCCCCUCCCCAGGUGCAGUUUCCUCCAGGUUUUCCUCCCAGAACUCUUGGUCCUCCCCCUCCUGUUAUGAUGAGAGGUCCACCACCACCCAUUAGGGGGCCACCACCAACAGAUCCCAGGGGACCACCACCUCGUUCAGAGUGGGACAGACCCCCAGGUCCAGCACCCUACCCUCCACUUGGCCCCCCACCAGGACCCCAGCCGGUCCCUCCCCCAGGAGCCCGACCGCCAGGACCUGGGAUGCCACAUCAGCAACCGCCAAUGUCAAUCCCCCCACCGGGUCACCCUCCAGCCCCAGCCCCACAUGUCAACCCAGCGUUUUUCCCUCCCCAACAUGGUGGACCACCCCCAACUAUUCCCCACCCUACACCUGGACAUCAUGACCCUUACAGAGCCCCACCCCCUGUCUCGUAUCCAAGUGACCAUUACUCUAGGCCCCCAACAGAAAGAGCUGAGCCACAGUCUCCAGCCCUCAGUGAACAAGAGUUUGAGGAGAUAUUUCAAAGAAAUAAGACGGUGUCCAGCAGUGCCAUUUCAAGAGCUGUUCAAGAUGCUAGUGCAGGUGAAUUUGCGAGUGCAAUUGAGACUCUGGUGACAGCCAUAUCUCUGAUAAAACAGUCAAAGAUUGCCAGUGACGAUCGCUGUAAAAUCCUCAUCAGUUCACUUCAGGAUACUCUUCAUGGAAUCGAGGAAAAAUCUUACGGAUCAAAGAGCAGCAGUAGAAGAUCCCGAUCAAGAGAGAGAGACAGAGAGCGAAAAGAAAGAAGUCGCAGCCACAGGUCAAGAAGCCGAGACAGAGAGAGGGAGUAUCGCGAGAGGAGCCGAGAAAGAGAUCGCCAUUAUGAGGCUGAGUCCAGUUCUUCAUCCUCUCGAUCUCACCGGGACCGAGAUCGCGACCGAGACAGGGACAGGGAGAGAGAGUACAGUAGCAGACGUCACUAGAUUGACUUUUACUUGAUGUAGAAAUAGAGGCUACUCUUUUCCUCACCGAUGGUGCUUUUUGUCCCAUAAUUCAGGAAUAUCCCAUUAAAAGUGAUUGAAAAAAAUAGGUUUAUCUGCCCAUAGAAUAAGAUGUAAACCAUACAAUCAAUGUUAGAGAUAUUCUACUGUCCAUCUAAAAAUAUAUGCAAUCUGCAUAAUGACAUAAAAACUUGUGAAAAGGUGGAAUGGCUUUAAGUCUUUUACAAUAAAACAUGCUUAUGUUGAAGUGCCAGGGACGAGCUAUUUUGAAAAAUCUCCUUUUUAUAAGGGUCAAUUCAUUGAAAGCAUGUUUUACUGUUUUAUUAUUAAAAAGAAUAAUAAUACUUGUGCUUUCAAAGAAGUAAACAGCCUAUUUCAACAAAGCAAAGAUAGAAAAUGUAUUCUGCAAGUAGACAUUCCAAAUGAAAACCAUUCCACUUUUGUUGAUCUUCAUAUUAAAGCCAUUCCAUCUCAAAUGCAGUCAGUUUUUGGAGAAAUUAAU